UGAAAAAAAUAACCAACCCAAUUAUUCAAUUUUUUUCGAAUGUCCGAAUCGAUAUAUCUCAAUCCUUGUUAAUCCCAGUUAACCUGAAUAUUAAGUCCCAGUUACUCUGAAUAAAUUCCUCUGUGUUUUCAUUUGCACUCCACUUGAAAAGAAACCAUUAAAAGUUUCUUGCUUGUUCCUCAGAAGCAAUACUUGUUUAAGAAGUUCGGAGAGAAUCAGACAUGUUUGGGAAGUUAGUCUUCGUUUGCUUCCUGAAUUAUAUCUUGGCAGCUCAAGGUGUUCCAAAAUUCGAGAAAGGCUAUGAAGUAUAUUCAGCUUCAGAAGGUGAACGCUUAGAUGUGUUGUGCCUUGCUGAUGGCGAUCCACCUCUAGACUACAUUUGGUACGAUAAGAAUACGUACGAAAUAUUGUCUGAUCCACAUCAAAGAAUUUUCACAACUUACACUACGAACGCAUCGUUUCUAGUCUUCAAAACGACGAUUCGAAAUGAUUCCGGUGAAUACACAUGUUCAGCUAAGAAUACACAUGGCUUAAGUAGCAAGGUCUUCGAAAUUAUCAUCUUGCCGAAUUCUGGAAACAACGAAACAGACAAUGUUACUGAUACCGUUUUUAACGUUGAAGUAAAAAAAGUGACAGAAAGCUCUGUCAGAUUCAAAGUCAGCGUCCCCAGCAAUGCUUCGUUUAUUCAAGUGAAAUAUGCGGAAAAACUCAAUUCUAGUAUUGUGCGCACUACAUGGAAAAAAGGUGAUGUUUACGAAAUAAGAGGCUUAGUACCCAGUGGACAUUACUCUUUCGAAUUCAAUGCUAGUGGAAAGAUAAUCAAACUCAGUAAAGUCAUUCUCUUGCCGGAUAAACCCGAAGUGAUAUUCCGUACCAUACACGAUGGCACUGUGCGAAUCGAAUGGAAUCGGAAAUUCGGAGACUUUCAUCGAGGAACCAUCGACUUUCAUUCUUUGUCUUAUACUUAUGUUCAGAGGGAUGGUAGAGAUGGUUGGAAAAAAGGAGAAUGCCCUGCAACAAUUGAAAUACCCACUUGCACUACACCUCGUUUUACCAUUUCAGAUCUAUCAAAAAAUAUAUAUUAUGAAAUUCGACUGAGGGCUCACACAUCAUCUGGUUAUGGAAAGUCUUAUCGACAGAAAGUUUUCUUCGUUUGAUAUGGAGCAAAAUUACUUAAUAAUGUAACAGAGUCUGUGCCAAGUAUGCAGAAAAGUUUGGCAUAUGAUUGUUUUGUACAGGAAUACAUUUUCUUUUUACUGCAGUAUUCUUUCAGAGAGAAAAAUUUCUCAUCCUUUUAAAUACAAUAAAUACUGCUAUAAUAUAUGAUAUGUAAAUCCUUUCCUCAUCUCAAAACUGAGAGAUACAGUUUCCCAAAAUUUCCACCCCUAUGCUUGCCAAGCAAUUCUUAAUAAAUUUAUAUUUUUUUA